AUGGUUUCCAAGAAGCAAGCAAGGCUGAAAAGCCUUUCAAGUGGCCGCCCGCCAACUGUCAAGUCCUCACGGUCAAUGUCUAGGAAAGCCAGCAGGAGUCUCAUCAACACUCAUCACCAACUGGAGAAACAACGUCGGCAAGCUGCAGCCAAGGGCGACACGGUCACCGAAACUCGCAUCGCCUCAGAGAUUGCCAAGCUGGGUGGUCUUGACCACUAUCAGAAGGCCAGUUUGCAAGGUCAGAGUCUCGAUAGAGGAGGCGACACGUCAAGAGUACUUCUGGAAUGGCUCCCUGUGGCAGAGCUCAAGAAGCGUGCUCAGCCGUUUCAUAUGCUGGAGGUUGGGGCAUUGAGUACUCGUAACGCAUGCUCGACAAGCGGUAUCUUUACUAUGAAGCAUAUCGAUCUCAACAGCCAGGAGCCAGGCAUCACAAAGCAAGAUUUUAUGGAGCGACCUCUGCCCAGAGACGAUUCUGAGGUGUUCGACAUCAUCUCUCUGAGUCUAGUGCUCAACUUUGUGCCCGAGGCCGAGGGGCGUGGACAGAUGCUUCUUCGGACUCUCUCCUUUCUUCGACCUCCAGCUGAACCAGCAACUGGUUCUGACGAACCCUUUCCUUGCCUUUUUGUGGUUCUACCUCGUAGCUGUGUUGAUAACUCACGAUAUUUUACAGAAACUCGCUUGGAGGAGUUGAUGACGAUUCUCGGCUAUGCAUGCACCAAGGCCAAGAUGACUCAGAAAUUGGCAUAUACUCUUUGGAAGAGGAUCGGGACCGUCUCCGAGAAGCGGCCAGAUUUUACAAAGAAGGAAGUCAAUCCAGGACGGACGCGGAACAAUUUUGUCAUGACGCUCAAAGCUUCGACGAGUCAUUCAAACUGA